AUGGCCAACCGGAAGCGUCAGAGCACGGCGAGCAGCAUGCUGGACCACAGGGCAAGGCCUGGCCCCGUCCCCCAUGGCCAGGAGCCUGAGAGCGAGGACGCAGAGCUACCCCUGGCAGAGUAUGUGCCCAAGGGCCUGGAGCUGUCCACCCUGCAACCCGAGAGCCCCACACCCCCAGACCAGGCGUGCCACGACCACAGCCCCGAUGGGGACUCCAGCUCUGACUAUGUGAACAACACCUCUGAGGAGGAGGAUUAUGAUGAGGGCCUCCCUGAGGAGGAGGAGGGCAUCACCUACUAUAUCCGCUACUGCCCCGAGGAUGACAGCUACCUGGAGGGCAUGGACUGCAACGGGGAGGGGUAUCUGGCCCAUGGCACACGCCACCUGGAGACGGAUGAGUGCCAGGAGGCCGUGGAGGAGUGGACGGACUCGGCAGGCCCCCAUCCGCAUGGCCACGGGGACGAAGGCAGCCCGGACUACCGGGACAGCCACCUCCCCAUCCCGGAGGAUGAGGCCUCCGUCCUGGAGGCCCAGGACCAGGAAGAAGGUGUCCACUACUGUCCCAGUGAAGAGGGCUACCAGGACUACUACCCUGCGGAGGCCAAUGGGAACACGGGCACUGCCUCCCCCUAUCACCCGAGGCGUGGGGACCGGGACCUGGAGGACCAGGAGGAGGACAUCGACCAGAUCGUGGCUGAGAUCAAGAUGAGUCUGAGCAUGACCAGCAUCACCAGCGCCGGUGAGGCCAGCCCUGAACACGCGCUGGUGCGGGGACCCGAGCCGGGGCCCGGGGACUCCACAGAGGCCUGCCCACCCAGUGAGGCCAGCCACGGCCCUAGCAGACAUGAGGGAAGGCCCAAAUCACUGAACCUCCCUCCUGAGGCCAAGCACUCCGGAGACCCCCAGAGAGGCUUCAAGACCAAGUCCAGAACUCCAGAGGAGAGGCCAAAGUGGCCCCAAGAGCAGGUUUGCAAUGGCUUGGAGCAGCCAAGGAAGCAGCAGCGUUCUGAUCUCAAUGGACCCGUGGACAAUAACAACAUCCCAGAGACAAAGAAGGUGGCAUCAUUUCCAAGUUUUGUGGCUGUUCCAGGGCCCUGCGAACCAGAAGACCUCAUUGAUGGGAUCAUCUUUGCUGCCAACUACCUGGGGUCCACCCAGCUGCUCUCAGAACGUAACCCUUCCAAAAACAUCAGAAUGAUGCAGGCACAGGAGGCCGUCAGCCGGGUCAAGAGGAUGCAAAAGGCUGCUAAAAUCAAGAAAAAAGCGAAUUCGGAGGGGGAUGCCCAGACUCUGACCGAAGUGGAUCUCUUCAUCUCCACCCAGAGGAUCAAGGUGUUAAAUGCGGACACACAGGAAACCAUGAUGGACCAUGCCUUGCGCACCAUCUCCUAUAUCGCAGACAUUGGGAACAUCGUGGUGCUGAUGGCCAGGCGCCGCAUGCCCCGGUCGGCCUCUCAGGACUGCAUUGAGACCACCCCUGGGGCCCAGGAGGGGAAGAAGCAGUACAAGAUGAUUUGCCACGUGUUCGAGUCUGAGGAUGCCCAGCUGAUCGCACAGUCCAUCGGCCAGGCCUUUAGCGUGGCCUACCAGGAGUUCCUGCGGGCUAACGGCAUCAACCCAGAAGACCUGAGCCAGAAAGAGUACAGCGACAUCAUCAAUACCCAGGAGAUGUACAACGAUGAUCUCAUCCACUUCUCGAACUCAGAGAACCGCAAGGAGCUGCAGCUGGAGAAGCACAAGGGGGAGAUCCUGGGCGUGGUGGUGGUGGAGUCAGGCUGGGGCUCCAUCCUGCCUACAGUGAUCCUGGCGAACAUGAUGAAUGGCGGCCCAGCUGCCCGCUCAGGGAAGCUGAGCAUCGGGGACCAGAUCAUGUCCAUCAACGGCACCAGUCUGGUGGGGCUGCCCCUCGCCACCUGCCAGGGCAUCAUCAAGGGUCUAAAGAACCAGACGCAGGUGAAACUCAACAUCGUCAGCUGUCCGCCAGUCACCACGGUCCUCAUCAAGCGGCCUGACCUCAAGUACCAGCUGGGCUUCAGCGUGCAGAACGGGAUCAUCUGCAGCCUCAUGAGAGGGGGCAUCGCAGAGCGAGGAGGCGUCCGAGUCGGCCACCGCAUCAUUGAGAUCAACGGGCAGAGUGUGGUGGCCACAGCCCAUGAGAAGAUAGUCCAGGCUCUUUCUAACUCAGUUGGAGAGAUCCACAUGAAGACCAUGCCUGCGGCCAUGUUCAGGCUCCUCACGGGCCAGGAGACCCCGUUGUACAUCUAG